AUGAUUCCUUUCUUACCUUUUAUUGGUCUUAGUCUACUUGUGCAGGCAGUUCAUAGUUGGGGUUAUCACGAGUCUUGUAACAGUAAGUCGAGCUAGAAUUACCAGUUACUGCCAUAUAUACAACUCGGAUAUCUCAAGCUGACUUAUUAGCUAUCGGGCAACAACUCAAAGAUGCCAUGCAGGUUGCCUUUCGACGAGCGGUAGAGGCUAAACAAGAAAUUGAUAGGGAACCUCGAGACAAACAUAUCGAGGCGUUGUUGCAAACACUAUUUGGCGGCGACGACAAAAAGGUCCUCGACGUAUGAAGUAUGGAACUCAGAAUCUAGUGAGGCCCAAAGUACUAACAUUUUAGCGCGACUUCUGAAAAUAGGAUGGUAUGAAACCUAUUCACCCUGGAAGCCAAUGAAACCGGACGUGGUAUGAAUACCCCCAGACAUCAUUCAGUUUAAGAAUGCCUGUGGCCAUCUCAGUGAAUAACUUCAAGGCUGCGACUUGCAUCAGUUGGAACUAAGCCACGGACUCUUCCAAAAAGCUCCUCUAACAUUCGUUGUAGAUGAUCUACUGCUCCACCGACCGUAUCGGUGAGUACGUUGAUCCCAUUACGAAGGAUAGAGGCUAUACCGACCCAGACCGUGGUGGUAUAGAUAAGCCUAUCAUAGGCACCAACAGAAUGGAUAACUGUCGCAGCGAGGACCGGGCAUCUUCCGAAGCCUCCACGCGCGCCCUCACAAUCAAUCGAGGAGUCGCCCUGUUCAAGGAUGGCAAAAGGGUACCAGAACUAUACCCUGAUACUAUUCAGCUGUGUCCAUGGUAUUUGAAGAAGAUUGCUGGGCCGCCGCCGAAGUAUAAUACGCCUGAUGAGCUGGUAAAACAGGCGGCGGACAAGAAAUCCAAAGGUCUUUUAGGAAAGUUUAUCGCGAAGAGGAAUGGCGAAAAUGCGACGCCGAUCGAUUCACUUUUUGGAUUGGAACAAGUGCUGCUUCAUGAAGUGGGUAAUCUUACACAGCAUUGUUUACUGAGUCUGUUAUUAAUUGUCGUAGUUGACGCACACUUCUAUGGCAGGAUACUCGGAUGACACGCCCCCCAAUGCCUGCUAUGGAUGGAAGGAUUCGGCGAAAUGCCAAUUAAGUCAGAAUGUAGGUAUGUGUCUGAGUAUACCUAGAAUAAAGUUGUGCUAACUUGUUGCAGACAAUAUUGCUUAUUUUGCUCUGGCGGUCGAACUUGUUUUACAUAGGGGGUACACGGUCAAUAAGGAUGGGACAUUACAGCCGCUCAUUAAGUGA